AUGAUGGCCUUGGACAAAACAGGCAGCGGUUUGCUGCAGAUCAAUUUCGACGUAGAUGUGCAUGACAUCGAGUGUCGGAACCUGCAAGUCGUUGUUUUUUCGCAAAGCGGCAAAGAAAGGCUUGACGUGCUGGGAGAAGAUUUCUGGCUGCGAUCCAUUGACGCUGCGGGAAAGACUUUUGGAGUGUGGAUAAAGCCCCAGGAGUAUCAAUGGCAAGAGCCAGAAGAGGAUGGUCAUGACAAAGUCAUGCAGAAAGUCCGGCAGGAGGAUGGCGCGGAGGAGAUCGAUGCUGAUUGGUCUUCCUCGCACGAUGGCUUUAAGCACAAGAGCUUCGAGCAUGUCAUUCAGGGCCAUGAUUUCACUUUCAUCAACUUCUUUGCUGGAUGGUGCAGUCAUUGCCAGAAGUUCGCCCCAGAGUGGGAUCAAAUUGCCGAGAAGGUCCAUGGCAAGGGUGAUGCUCCAGGCAUGAAGUUUCGCGACAAGGACGGCAUCGAGCGUCCCAUUCGGCUGAUCAAGCUGAACUGCGUAGACUUCAAGGAGACUUGUGCGGAAAAAGGCAUCGAUGCCUACCCCACACUGCGGCUCUAUAAGGCCGACGGGUCCUUUACAGUCUACGACGGUCGACGUGGGGAGGCGGAGAUCAUUCGCUGGCUGGAGAAGAUGGCGAAGAUGAGAGGCUAUGGCUGGGGUAAGCACCAUGAGACCUUCGAGCGUGGCUGCAAUGCCCGUGGCCGGCUGCAGGUGCCGCGUGUGCCUGGGCACUUGGAGCUCAUGGCCGGGGGAGGGGAUCAGAAUUUGAACCCUAGGAUGACCAACGUCAGUCACACCAUCAAGCACUUGUCCUUCUCGGAUGCACAGGAUGACGCGUACAGCCGCAAGACGCCGCUUCUGGCAGCGCGCUUGCUCCAGCAGGGCUGGAAACGCUUCCCUGGCGACGUCACCCGCAACUUGGCGCCAUUGGAUGGUCGCAAGUUCGUGACCAGCGGCUUUCAUCAGGCUUACAUCCAUGACUUGAAGGUGGUGAGCACUGUCGCGGGCACGGUGACGACCUACCAGUUUCAGCACCUGGCUCGGAUAUCAAAGCUGCCUGAGGCCGCCAUACCUCAGGCUCAGUUCCACUACGACCUCGAGCCCUUUUCCAUUGAGGUGAAAACGGAUGAAAAGAGAUGGUAUGACUUUGGCACAUCCCUCUGUGCGGUGCUGGGUGGUGCCUUCGUUGUCUUCAGACUUGCCUCCCGGCUUUCCCUGCACCUCUCCGCCUCCCUGAAGCCUGGAGCGAAGGCUCAGCGGGGAGGUGCCAUGAGCAUCGGCCAGUUCGAGUGA